AUGGCCAGAGUACUUGAAGGAAAAUUCGGCAUUGUGACCGGUGGAUCGCGAGGAAUUGGCGAAGCGAUCGCACGCAACCUGGCGGCAAAGGGCUGCUCAUUGCUGCUCAACUUCACCUCCGAGUUCUCGCGCGGUCCCACCGAAGCACUUUGCACCGAAUUGACCUCAACGCAUAACAUCAAAUGCGAGAGUGUGCAAGCAGACCUGAGCACGCCCACCGAGGGCGUCGCUGCGAUUAUUGCUGCCGCACAAGAGAAGUUUACCACCGACGGCAAGCUCCAAAUCGAUAUUCUCAUCAACAACGCGGGUGUCUCCCAAGACCGCAACCUUAAUGACCCCAAGGGCGCGAUCGAAGCCGAGCACUUCAACUGGCAAUACGCAGUCAAUGUCCUGGCUCCUCUCCUCCUUACACAGGCCUGCGCCCCCUUCCUCCCCAAUGACCGCAGCGGUCGCAUUGUCAGCAUCUCUAGUGUGUCUUCGUCGCUCGGAUUCGUCGGCCAGUCAAUCUAUGGUGGUACCAAGGCUGCCAUUGAAGCUAUGACGCGCACCUGGGCGCGCGAACUUGCCGAUCGGGCAACCGUUAAUGCCGUCAACCCCGGUCCGGUGGUUGGAGAUAUGUACUUCAAGACCGGAGAUCAGUUCUGGAAGGAUAUCCAGGGAUACCAGGAUAACACGCCGAUGAGCAAGUUGGAUCUUAAUGACGAGGAGACAUUGAGUCGUUUGACAGACGAACAGAAGCGAUUAAUUCAAGAAAAAAUGGGUGGCCGACGACCGGCAUUCACGAGCGAAGUUGCUGGUGUCGUUGGCAUGUUGUGCACACCCGACGGCCUUUGGUGCACCGGAAGUGUGGUCUGCGCCAACGGUGGUAUGAAAAUGGUUGAAUAA